UCACACACUGCUGUGUGCGGUCCGGUCAGGUCCGAAGUCCUCGUGCUGUGGGCUGUUGUCCGGCGUCCAGCCUCCCUCUGUGUUUAACCGCGCUCUCGACAUGUGGUGCAGCAGAACGGCGCUCAGGCGGCUCGCGCUCCAAACGGCUCCGCUUUCUCUCGCGGGAUUUCGGCGAGACAUGUCUGCCUUACCGCGCGUGUACGUCACACGCCAGAUCCCUCCGCGCGGACUGCAGAUCCUUCGCGAGUCCGGCCAAGUGCAGUUUGAACUGUGGGACUCUGACGACCCCGUUCCUCGUCAAGAGCUGCUAAAAAAGGUCAAAGGUUGUGAUGGACUGCUCUGUGUGCUGACGGAGAAGAUUGAUGCUGAAGUAUUAGAUGCUGCAGGUCCCAACCUAAAGGUGCUCAGUACCAUGUCAGUGGGGUUUGACCAUCUUUCACUGGAUGAGCUAAAGAAAAGGGGGAUCCGUGUAGGAUACACUCCUGAGGUGCUGACCGAUGCUGUGGCCGAGCUGACCAUUGCCCUUCUCCUUGCUACAUCGCGAAGACUCAUUGAGGCCUCACACGAGGCCAAAACAGGCGGCUGGGGAACGUGGAGAACUCUGUGGCUGUGUGGGUACGAACUGGCCGACAGCACGGUCGGCAUCCUCGGACUCGGAAGGAUUGGAGUGGCCAUUGCUGAGCGUCUGAAGCCCUUUAAGGUGAAAAAGUUCAUCUACACAGAUGUGGCACCGAGACCUGAACUUGCAGAGGCAAUCCAGGCAGAGUACGUCUCCAUGGAUGAGCUGGCAAGGCAGUCUGAUUUCCUGGCAGUGUGCUGUGCUCUGACUCCAGAGACUCAGGGCAUCUGCAACAGGAAUCUUUUCUCCAAGAUGAAGAACACCUCCAUCUUCAUCAACACCAGCAGGGGUGGAGUGGUAAACCAGGAAGAUCUGUAUGAAGCUUUGUCCACGGGACAGAUCGCUGGAGCUGGACUAGACGUCACUGUGCCAGAACCACUGCCCACCAGCCACCCCCUCUUCACACUCAAAAACUGCGUGAUCCUACCCCACAUCGCGAGUGCCUCCUACACUACACGGAAUGCCAUGUCUGCUCUCGCCGCCAAUAAUUUGCUUGCCGGACUCCGAGGAGAACCCAUGCCCAAAGAACUUCAACUCUGAAACCUCUAUUGUAGAACUCAUGCCUAAUAUAUUGCAACCCUACAGCCUGAACCUCUGAAGCCAUGCCGAAAUUUCAACUUUGUAAUGUAGGAAAGAUUUGUCAGGAACUACAGCUGUAAAGGCCAAAGAAGAUCAGUGAAAUAACAGAAAAAAUGUUAUUUUGAUCAUGUAUGAGUGUAGACAAGACCAAUGUCUUUAUCUUUGGAAAAACGUUUAGAUUAAUAUUAGAUUUAAAUCACAUACCACGAUAUUAGCAUAAACUAGAGCCCCAGCUUAAAACUGCUUUGAUAAAGUUUUCUAUCUUGCUAAUGCUAGCCAGAUAUCAGUUUGGUUUUUCUAGCUAGUUUAGCUUAACAAAGUCCACAAAGCUAGGUUAGCACUAGCUAGCUGUAACCUUUAUGUUAUUAGCAACCAGCUAUUCUAUAAUGCUAUUAGUAACUCAGCUAGUGUUAGCGCUAGCCUAGCUAAAGGUACUGUUGUUUGGGCAGCAUUUCCAUGGCUGAUGAUUGCAUCAUGGUGAAUCGCUUCUAACCCUGAAGGACAGCAGAGGAGGGAGGCAUGUCAAAGGGUCCUUAAAGAAUAAUUCAACUCUUGAACUCUUGUUUUUAAGAACUGCAGCUCUUAUCUGCAUUAUGAAAUUAACAGACCAGUGAAAUAGAGGUCUUUGGGACAGAAGGUCAAAGUAAGAGAUCAAUGAUCUACACAGAACAAACUCAACAGAAGCCUUCGCAGGCAUGUUACACCUUAACCUGUUGGACUGACUGAUAAUACAAAAUCUUUGAUUUGAUUUGAUUCAUUAAAUAUGUUACAUGUAGGAUUUGUGAAACAUUUAGAUUACAUUUAAUGAAUAAAAGCAUAAAUCAGUUUACAGCAUAAAAUAAUGUUCAUCUUC